AUGCGGCAGGCGCCCCAAGGCGACGAGGACACCUCGGCCCAGCGGCGCGCGUGGGGGCUGCUCGCAGCCGGUGGCCUCGGCGCCAGCCUGCUGGCCCUGCACGCCGUGGUGACACCCUUCGUGAUGCCCGCGCUGAGGAGGGUCUGCCUGCCCUUCGUCCCCGCCACCUCGGCCCAGAUCGAAAACGUCCUCGAGAUGCUGCGGGGCAGGAGAGGCCCUCUGGUUGACAUUGGUAGCGGCGAUGGCCGUAUUGUGAUAGCUGCUGCAAAAAGGGGAUUUAAAGCUGUUGGUUAUGAAUUAAAUCCCUGGUUGGUCUGGUACUCCAGAUACCGUGCCUGGAGGGAUGGGGUGCAUCAGAAUGCCAAAUUUUAUAUUUCAGACUUAUGGAAGGUAUCUUUUUCCCAUUACACAAAUGUUGUAAUUUUUGGGGUACCUCAAAUGAUGCCACAGUUGGAGAAGAAGCUGGAAGAAGAACUUCAGCAUAAUGCCAGAGUUAUUGCCUGUCGUUUUCCUUUCCCUUGCUGGAUCCCAGAUCAUACUACUGGAGAGGGAAUAGACACUGUGUGGGCCUAUGAUUUGAAAACCUCAAUGGGUGUGAAACAGAAUGCUUAGAAAUGACACCAAGGACAG